AUGGCGGUGCCAGCAGAGGGGGUUCAACCUUACCCCGGAAGUGAUAACUUUUAUCCAACCACGCCUCCAUCCACCAGCCGAACCGUCUUACAUUCAAAUCAGCCCAGCCAGACCGUCAGAUCACACACGAACGCGAAAGCUGUUCGUUACAGGAUCAUCACACCACAGACGAUCCUCGAAGCUGAGCAACGGCCGACAGCCUACGCACCCCCAAUAUCUCAGCCUCCACCACCUCCACCCCCUUCUCCUGCGCAGACGGAUGAACAACAUCUGACAGCCGCUUCAAUAUCUCAGCCCACACCUCCUCCUCCUCCUCCUCCUCCCCCUUCUCCUGCACAGGAUCAAUCCGACAGCGACUCUGAAACCGCUGACCGUGCUCCUGAGCAGCCAGCCCAUGAAGAGGAAGAGAACGCCCCACCUCCUGCACCCGUACAGAGUAAGUUAAAUAUUUAUAUAAAUAAUUUAUUAAAAGCUCGUUCAUUUUAUUUAUUUUUAUUUAUUUUUUCAUCAGAAAAACAUAUUAAGAAGAAGAAAAACAUCCGUCUUACACCACUUCAGCGGUUGAAUCGUAUGAAGUUGACAUACUUAUUGCUGCAAAUCAACUCCGGCCUGGUGGAAGUUGUCCAGCAAGUUCUGGCUUUGUAA